AUGCUUUAUGAAACGCUAGAUGGUAUCGUUAAAACAGCGGGCCUACCUACCGAGCCUCCUGAAAAUGGGACAAGAGUUCGAGCUAAAAGCAUCAGCUUUCUUCCGAACGCUGAACCCAAACUUCGGAGGAGAUAUUCCAGACCGCUGGACUUUCAGUUCGACGACUGUCAAAUUUUCACAAUAAACGAAACCCCAGAUCUAUCAGUCACCAAACCCAAACAAAAAUCAGAACCAAACCCUCCUCCCAGUAAGCCGGAAACGAAGUCAGAUACCACCACUUUUACGGAAAAGCUAAAGUCUGGGAAGAGGAGAAGCAGCAGAUUGGGUAAUAAGGUUCCUGAUAUCUCAAACUUUCCUCUUUUGGUGACAUCACCGGACGAGAUCGUGGCUGCCACUAGACGGAAGUACAGUAGGGCAAAAUCUGCUCCCAACCUUAAAGUCGAGCAGAGAUCUGACUCCAAGACUGAAAACUCCAGUGGCAGUACUGAGAAUGUGGCGGAUAGUGAGAAAUCUCUAAGUAAAAAUAAAAUAAGAGUUAAGAAAACAAAUGGCUCUACCUCAACGACAGAUUCACCGACAAACUUGCUCAGUUUGACAGCCCGGACGCACCAAGUUGCUGACAGUGCUAAUUUCCGAGAACAGCGACAGUUAGAACGACAACUUAAGGGAAUACAAAGUUUACAAAGAAUGAACAUCAGCAGUAUUAACAAAGAAAAGUUGUUCAUCCUCCAAAAGUCGAAGGCUCUAUCGUCGAUGCUGUACCCAGACGUGUUCACGGGUAAGAAGCCGAAGUGCACGCGUAAAGGGAAGUGUUUUGGCACGGGUAACGCUGAUACAGGAGAGGAUAUUGACUCCGGGACCUACUUGUGUGACCCGUCUGAUGGCACGUCUCCGUACGCAGAUCCGAUCAGCCCUAAGAAAAGAGAAGCGAGUAAAGCGUGGAAUAACGCAAUUCAUAUGGCGCUCAAAAACAAUCCUGGGUGUAAAUCUAGCGCCACUGGCCUGCGUAGACGUUAAAAAGUUUCAAGACUCAAAAAGGUCACAUCAUGAUCAACAACAUCGAAACUGAAUACUUAACAACCUGCUAUCACCUUGAGUCAGCUGCAAUGCUCAUAAGGUAAUGGUCAAAGGUUUUUAUUUUUCUGUGCUCCGAUCACCGAUGUCUCAACAACUAUCCUUAUUGUAAUUGUUUUGUUUUUUUAAUUUUGGGAUAUCUGAAAAAUCUAAUACAUAUAAUUAUUUUUGUGUUAAUAGAUGUAUCAACCCGGGAUUUCGAGAUAAGAACUUCAAUAAUUAUAUAGCAGUGUAUUUGCUGGUAAUUGUACUUGCAAUCCUCAAUUAAGUUAGCUGAAGCAGUCUUAUUCUCCUAAGCACUGCAGCUUAUAUUUAGACUUUAUCGUCCUACGCAGUUUUCAAGUUUAAACUUUUAACUUGAACUAUUUAUAGCCAUUAUCAUCACGCUGAGCUUUCAUUGUAAAGCUACAAUCAAUAUGUGUUUGAAAAUUAUUUUAAGAUUCGGAUGCUGUCCUUUGUUUAAUUUGACAUUUAUUUUAAACAAAAUUCUUCAAACGGAUACACUUUUUUUGCGAAUGUUUUCGUGAAUUAAUUUCAUGGCAUGUGAUUGUUGAAUGUUGAUGCUCAGAGAUUGUUUAAAUAUUUUUUCGAGCAGUUCUAAAUUUUGGAAAUGUAUGAAGAUAAAACGACUAUGACAUAACUAUAUUAUUUCGGUUCAUCA